AACACUAAAAACGGCAGCGUUAGUAACAGAAGCAAAAAAACACGAAAAAACGUUCCGUAAAUCAAAUUGAGAAGACGAAUAAUCUUCUCUCGCUUUAACCAUUUUCGCACAACACAUCCGCAUUCGGUACAGUAUCCGUUUCCGUUUUCGCUUGCAUUACUUGGCCUUUCGAUGUUCUGUGCCCAGACGUCAUCAUGUUUACCACCACCAUUGGCACUUUGGUAAGUUCCCUAGUGCAGUGCUUAUGGCUCCUGUGCUGCCACGCCUGGUCACAUCCGCUGCUGUCAACGGGCGUCUGCGUUCUGGUGGCCUUGAUAUGCCAAAACAACGUAAAAGUGCGCCAGCUGCGCCUCAGCCAGCUCUAUGAGCGCUUAUGCACUGCAUUGCCUUGGAAUCGCAGCACUCGCUCUAUCUAUGGCUACAACUUUUCACUGGGUCCGCAUACUUGGAACUGUCGGCCAGCCGUCUAUCAGAGUCCUGUGAACAUCGAUGAGCGCUUAGUUCAGAAGCUGGCUAUACGUGAGCUUCUCAACUGGAACCACUACGAUGACCUUCCUGAGAGCAUUGUGCUGGAAAAUACUGGAAAUACACUCGUGCUACGUGCCCAAUUUCGAGGCAAUGCACCCACUAUCAGUGGAGCUGAUCUGCUCGCUAGCUACACCUUCGUUGAGUUGCGUUUUCACUGGGGCUGGUGUAACAGCGAGGGUUCCGAACACACUCUCAACCAUAAGAAGUUCCCGCUUGAGAUGCAGGUGAUGCAUCGCGCGGGAGCUGGGGUUCCGCGCGCUUGCACUUCCAGCUAUGAUCUGUUAAUGAUUGCCUACAUUUUUGAGCUGUCCGCGCAUAAUCCCUUUUUGGACCCACUAAUUCAAAAUUUAAAGCUGGUGCAAGUACCCAACAAAAAAGUCAGAAUUGCCCCAUUUCCACUCUCCUAUCUCAUCUAUGCAUUUCGCACCGGAUUUUAUAGCUAUGGUGGCUCAUUGACGGAACCACCCUGCUAUCAGGGCACUGAAUGGUUCGUUUUUCCCGAAUCUCUGGCUAUCAGCGACUUCCAGCUGCGCCACUUCCGCCAGCUUCUGAGUGCCGAUAGAGUCACGCCGAUUACGCGCAACUCGCGUCCUGUCCAACAACUUGGCAGCCGUGUAAUUAAUCUCAACUAUUUUUGUCCAUAUAAUAGUGCUCAGUUGGCGCGCCUACGAAGCGAAUUGUGCGAUCAACAGGAGGAAGGUGAAGCUACCACAGAAGCAGUGGCCUAUGAAGAAGAGGGACAACUGGUGGAGACCCUCGACACAACCACCAUCAUCACAACCAGCUCCAACACAAGCAUUUGUGCAACAACCCUAAAGCGCUCAGAUGCCGAUACAGAUGGGCAUAGCAACAAAAAUGGACAACCGCAUGGCAUUGUCAUCAUCAGCAGCAGCCACAACAGCAUCGGAGGCAGCGGCAGCUGCAACAAUACUGGUCCCGACAGUUUCAACAACAGCCCCAGCAGCAAUAACAUUGGCGUCUGUUGCAACAACAAUAAACGCUCCUGCUGCGGCCCCCUUCUGGAGCAGACCGAGGAAAUACCAUUAAGCAUUACCCCGAACACUGACUGCGACGCUAUGUGCGGCGUAGGUGACGGCGUCGGCGUUGGCGUCAGAAUUGAACUAAUUGAAUAGUGGCCAGUGGUCGCAAUAUUCUGACUAGCUGAUGGAAUUUCUGGCUAGUCAUUGUUUUUAAAUUUGUUUUACUUCCGCCAUGGCCAAUGCAUGGAGCGAUAGAAUGAAAAUGAAUUUUCUCAUUUUCAGUGGCACUGAGCUAGCCAUUUUUUGAACCGCGGAUUAAACAAGUUGUGUUAUAUUUUUUGAAGCAUUAUAAGCAUUGCCUUUUA